AUGUCUGAUUCUAUUGGGACCAUUGCCUUGGUGGUGUCCCUGGUCGCACUCUGCGUGGCACUUCUACAGGUUCUGCAACAGUACACUGCAACCGCUGAUGGGUUCCGCCGAUGUCACUCUUCGGUCAUGGGCAAUUGGGCUGCUCUGACACAGCGGCGGUUUCGGCUGAGUGAAUUGCGAUUUGAGACUGUCUUCGCCGUUCCGGUCAUAUUUCUCAGAGACGACGACAGUGUGCCACUUGUUUGGUUUCGGAAUCGCCCUGUCAUCGAUAUUGAAGGGACGGAUGCGUCCGUCAGAAGCACGUCAAUGAGUGAUGCAGUAGCUAGGCACAAGCCACAUCGCUUGUCAGGUUCGCUGGGAUUCAGUGCGAGGAAAUUCCCAAAACUGUUCAACGACAACAAGUGCGACGCUGUGUUGAUCGACAAUGAUUUGGUAUCAUGGGUCCGUCUCCUUGACAAACUCCAGGCGGUCGAAUUCCAGUUGGGUCAAAUCUCUAGUGGGUUCAAACCGAUAUUGAGGCCAGCAAUACAGGUCAGCUACAGAUCCUGGGAUUUUGUGCCCCCAGACGUCAUGAAACCAUAUGCGGUCAGCACACUCGGCGACAUUGCCAUCCUUGUGCAGCGUCUGGGCAUGUCAUGGAAGGAUUUCAAUCCCGGAGAAGGUGUCCUCAGGGCGGAAGGGAAUCAUUCCCAGGUUACCUCGACGAUGGUCCGAUCUCUUGGGAUACUGCUAUCUUUCUCCACCGAGAACUACCACAUUGAUUAUCACGAGAGCCGCAAGAAUAUAUUUGUACCGAGCUGGAAGGCUUCGAUGCUCGGGUUUGGCCUAAUGCCCAGGGAUGAUGCUUUUGAUAUAUCGGGCGACUUCGGUCGUCAUCCUCUUCAAGCCUUUCCAGUUGGCCAGGCCGCCACCUUUGAUUACCAUCUCAGGCUUUACUGUGGAAUGGGCGGCUCACGGUCGGCUACGAGCAAGGACUGGUCACCGCGGGAUUUUUCAGUGGCUUCCGAGUUCAUUGCGCUCGUUUCCCCAGUUUUGAGGAUAAGACGCACGCGGAUGACCCGCCUGCUUAGGCCUGCACCCAACAUUGGCAAGGACGUCUACUCCAGUCAGUCUUGCAUGGCGUUCUUUCGAAAGAAGCUUUAUGGUUCCGGCCUUCAGUCUGGCAACUUCAGGCACCUCGAAGCUAUCUGCAAGAGAUGUGAUGAAAUUGUAGAGCACCCAAAAUGGGAUGUUGAAUGGAACGCCCCCGGAGGACUUGAUUAUAACGGAGCUGACCUAGGAUUGCUAGACUGCAUACACGAUGCCUGCGAUUGGGCAUCCUACGAGCUUCGAGAAGCCAAUGUCGAAGACCGUCCUUUUGACCUUUUGUUACAGUCUCACAUAUUCGCCCUCUUCGUAUUGAAAGAGGAGGAGCUGGACUCGCAUUGGUCAACGGAUCCUAUAUUUCUCAUGGAGUUUUACUUUGAGAAAGCCUUGCCAAAUGUCGUCCGCCGCUUAGUGGCAUUGACGGUUGGGUACACUAGAGAAGUCAUUACUGGUCUCUGGCUUCUGUUGGUCUUCCGAGGACUAUGCUGGUACAACUUGCACCACUUCAAGUUCAAGUUUGCACCUGUAGAUGAGCAGUAUUUUGGGAGCAAUCAACAAAUAUAUAUCGGAUGA